AUGGGAAUCGACUACGCCACCGCGGACAUUGAAAAGUCUUUAUCUGGACCCGUUAACGCAUCUGUAUACCACAGAGAUAUUGGGGUUUUCGACGCAGACUCAGACGCUUCUGUCGUUCUUCUAGUCGACUUCAAGAACGAUGCGUAUGCAAUCUGGAACGCGCUCCUGGUACAGCUACAGCCUCUUCGGGAUAGAAAUUGGCUUACGUACUACGACGGCGAGAAGAUGCAUCACGGACCACUCACUAUCGUCGGCACAGGCAAUAUCGCCCUGGAGUCUGUCCUAUCGAACCACACCAAUCGCUUUGUCUUCUUCGAUGCGCCGCUUCUGUCUAUUGCCACCGGCAACACUACUUUCAACAAUACAAACUCGUACUACGCCAGUGUCAGUCUCAAAGAUGCAAUUGGUAAAAUUUGGUUCAACCAACUGAGCGCAGAGCAAGAGAAGAUCCUGAAGACCCAGAUCGAGAUGGUGCAGGAGACGGGAUUAAUGAGCAGAUAUUGGGAUACUCCUGGUUGGCCGAUUAGUUUGAGAGACAUGCUGUGGUUUAAGCUCACGGAAUUCGGCGUCGGAGUGCUCAAUGUAGACGACUUGGUGUCGGCAACGAAGUGGAAUUGGCAUCAGUGCGUCGUCGCUGGCCUGACCCUCUGCUGA